UCCUUUGCUCAAAUUUGAAAUGAAAGAAGCACUCAGAUGCUCCAAACUCUCCAAAUAAAGCUUAUCUUCCUUCCAGAUUAGUUUUUUUUUAGGGAAAACAGUAGGGGAAACCCCUACUGUGGUAAAUAAAUAUAGAUAUAUAAUAAAAAAGAGGAAAAGAACAACUGUACAAGAAAAGAAAAAAAGAAGAAGGCCGAGAAGGCUAGGCUGAGGGAGAAACUAUAUGAAGAUGCCUAUCCAGUUAGCAACCGCCAGACUAAUAGAUGGAUUCAUUCUAUUAAGGUGUAAAAGAACAUUAUCUACAAACGAUCUCCUCCAUUGUUCAAAUGCAGGUGUUGUGUUGUUGAAGAUGAAGCCAUUUCUUAGUUUCCAAAUUUCCCAAGCAGCUAUUGUGAAGACUUCCAUGAAGAAAGGGCUGUGGAAUUCAGCUUUUGCUUUCUGAAUCAUAUCAAAGAACUGAAUUGAAUGAUCCCAAUUUACUCCUAUGGAGUUCGAGCAACUGUAGCUAAACUGACACUCAGAAAAGAGAUGAUAGGUGGUUUCCUUAAGUCUGCACAUCACACAGUUGAAAUUGUUUCCUUCAAUUUUGUAAUUUCUCCAUUUUAGAAUGUUUCUUGUAUUCAGCCUGUCCAUAAAAAGAAGCCACACAAAGACUUUGAGUUUUUUGCAGCAUUUAGAUUUCCAAAUCCACGUAAACGGUGUGCGUGGUGUAAUUGCUCUAAAAGGAAGAGCAUAGUAUUUGCUUGAUGAAUAAGAGUUGUUCCCCCAACAGUACUGCCAAGUAUCUGUUUGUCUGCCAUCUCGCCUUACUUCUUGUACCUUAGUUCUCAAGGCUUGCAGUUCUUCAAAUGCUUCUAGGAAAAUUAUUUCUUCGAGUGAUUUUUUCAAGUUUGAUGAAAUGGGUCCCAGCACUUGGCCGAUGAUGUGACUGAAGCUCCAUUUUAACAGACUGAAGUGGAUCAUCUUAUGGGUACUGCAUACAGCCAUACAUCAACCAUGAACCAGCUUCAGAAUGGAAGAAUUCCUGCAUGUCUUUCAUCAGCUAUAACUUUAGUUCCAGCAGUCUCGGAAGGGACAUUUCCUAGUUUUCUAGAGUGUCAACCAUCUUAUGUUGAAAGAGAUCUGCCUGGUAGUUCUAUCACCUCAUUCGGGUCCUCUUUGGUUGCAAGUGAUGCCCUCCAGUCAACAUGUACAUUAGCUUCCAGCUUUACCUCUUCAGACUUUCGUACCUGCAAUGAAUCACCUAAUGGGAAGCUUUAUUCUGGAUCAUAUGUUACUGAACAAUCUGAUCCUGAUACUCCAUUGCCAUCAACAUACUCAUCAUUCAAGGGUAAUUCAAGUUCUCCAUGGAUGAUUUUUCCGAAAGUAUCUGAAAACAUAAGUUGGAACCAAGAACCACUCCAAGGAGUAUUUGAUUAUCCAACAAGUGUUUAUUCCUCUAAUCAACAAAAUAUGACCACUGUUGGCCAACAAAUUCAAGACAGCAUUACGAUGGAUCCUAACACCCACCUUGCAAAGCAAACUAAAUGGUUCUCAUCUGGGACUUCAAUGCAGUUUCUUGAAUCUGCUGGAUCUGUGCUGAAGGCUGUUGAUGCAAGAAGUGCAACACGUCAAAAAAAUUCUUAUUGCCAUACACAGAGCAGCAUGCCUCCUUUCAACUGUGAUGAAGUGAGCACUGACAAUAUCCCUUCUUCAAACAGCACUCUGACCAAGUCAAGGAUGCGCUGGACACCUGAGCUCCAUGAGCAGUUUGUCGGUGCUGUUAACAUGUUGGGUGGAAGUGAAAAAGCAACUCCAAAAGCUGUCCAGAAGGUUAUGAAGGUCGAAGGGUUAACUAUAUACCAUGUAAAAAGCCAUCUACAGAAGUAUCGUACAGUUCAACAUCGACCUGAAUCAUCUGAUGCUGGUGCAUCUGCAAAGAGAAGCAGCCAAACGGAUGAAGUUUCCCUUCUACAGUUAAAAGGCUUGAGGAAUGUUGAAGGAUUAAGGACUCAGAUUGGCUUGCAGAAACAACUUCAUGAGCAAUUUGAGGCAUGCAUAUUCUUUCAAAACAAGAUGCUACCUUUUUUUUUUUUGUAUCCACUAAAAGAAAAGACACUCGUGCUUGUGUUUUCCUUUCUACAGAUCCAAAGAAAGCUGCAAUUGCAAGUUGAGGAACACAGCAAGUGCCUUGAGAUGAUAAUUGCGAAGCAGAGUGAGAGCCUUAAAAAGCUUGGAGUGUUACCAGGUUUUCAAGAUCGAUCCCAGCCGGUUUCGGUGGAGAAAAUCUACAAUUUGCCAUCGAAUAACUACUGAUUCUACAAUUCACCAUCGAAUAAAUUCUGUUUACUUCUAUACCAUCGAAUAAAUAUUUCAUUUACUUAUAUGCCAUCGGCUUCCGAUACUACCCUCCGUUGCACUGUUCAUGAACAGUAUGAACAGUACCCGUGAAUAAAAAAGUCACAAAAAAUAUGUCGAUUUUUGUGCACGCUCUAUAAUUCAUAAUCAACCCGUUUUAACUGUAUUCACCUAAAAAUAUUGUAUAGAAUUCAAACUAAAAUUCUUCAAAAUAUACUACUUUUAUAACUUCUUGCAAUUUUUAAGCCUCAUAAAAAUUUACAAAAAAUCUGAGAAAAUUUACUAAUAUUCCUCUAAUGUGAUGUAAUAAUUUCUAAAAUUAUCUCCCGCGGUGAAAAAAUUAGUUCUUUGUAAUGCACAGUAUUACAAAAGUAGCUCAUUUUGAGAAAUUUUAGUUUGAA